UCUGCGGGGCCCCACGGUCUGCGGAUCACAGUGGGUCCUACAACUUCCUCACUUCCCUAAAUGGGCAACUGCGCUUUCAGAACGCCAGGUCCUUCCCUGGCAGACCUAAGUGGCACGUCCUGCAGCGGCCUGGGGCCCUAACCCUGGAGCGGGGGGGUGUCCCUGGCCCCCUAUUGGCCUGUGACUGUCCCCAACUGGAUGGAGCCAUGGCUCCCGCAUUCCUGCUGCUGCUGCUGCUGCUACUGUGGCUCCAGGGCCCUGUCUCAGGUGUCCCUGCCGAGAACGUGUACACUAAAGUGCAGCACCUUGAAGGGGAGACUCUGUCUGUGCAGUGCUCCUACAAGAGCCGUAAAAACCACGUGGAGGGCAAGGUAUGGUGCAAAAUCAGGAGGAAGAAGUGCGAGCCUGGAUUCACCAGGGUCUGGACGCAGGGGCCACGCUACCUGCUGCAGGAUGACGCGAAGGCCAAGGUAGUCAAGAUCACCAUGGCAGCCCUCAGGCGCCAGGACUCGGGCCGGUACUGGUGCAUGCGCAACAGCUCGGGGACCCUGUACCCUCUGACGGGCUUCCUUCUGGAGGUGUCUCCAGCCUCCGCCAUCAAGAGAAGCACUCCUCUUCCACAGCUGGCCAGUAUCCUCCAGAGUGGAAUUGUCGUCACCGAGGGCCCAGCCCCCACCUCAGGCCCCGAUGCCCCUUUCACCACCAGUGUGACAGUGCUCACACCUGGUCUCUUCACCAUGACCAGACUCGUGCCCUCUGCUGCCUCAGGGUCCAUCAGACUGACCUCCAUGACAGGCUACAGCUUCACCAGCGCUGGCUCCUCUACCAUGGGGCCCGGGAGGACCAUGGGGUCCCAGACCGUGACUGUGCCCCCCAGCGAUGCCGGUGCCUUUUCUGCCAGCCCAGUGUCUGUGUCUACCGGGGCUGGGCCCCCGCGUGCCAGAUCACCCACCACGGGAACGUGCCAUACCAGUGGGUCUCUCAUCAACAAAUUAUCCCCUGACAGGCACCAGGAUUCAUAUCCCAUUGUGCUCCUGGGGGUGCUGACCUUCCUCCCAGUGCCUGUGAUGUUGAUCGUGGUCUAUGGGUUCUGGAAGAAGAGACACAUGGGGAGCUACAGGGUGUGCGACAAUCCUGCUAGAGCCUGGAGGGACCCACUUGGAAGCCCGGAGCCUCCGUGGAAGCCUGCUUGGUCCGAGGCCACUUAACUAUGGAGUAGGAAAGCUGUUCCUGGAGGGGCCCUAGGAGGCCAGG